AGGGGGAAAGAGGUUUAGUAGGCGGAGAGAGAAUGCAUUCGAUUUUGAGUGAUUUCCCUGUAAUGUUGUCUUCCUGCAGUGAGAUGGCCUGAGACAAGUGGUCUGCGUACUUGUUUUUAGGAAUUUGUGAAUGACGAUGAAUAAAGUGGAAGAUGAGGACAGUAUCGUGUCCCACUUGUCCCAGGGCGAUAACGACUUCAGCCCCAAAGACUUCAACGUCGUAGCCUUGCUCCAUAACUUCUGGGAGCAGAAGCAGGUGGAUCACACGGAUGGCUGUUCCGCUGGAUCUGUGGCGGACACAGCGGGCCAGAUGGAGAGCCUGCUCCUGUACGAAUCUGCCGCUUCCCCAGGUCCUCCCUUUGUCUGCUACGUAACACUCCCAGGAGGAAGUUGCUUUGGGAACUAUAAGUUGUGUACCAGUCAGGCAGAGGCCCGUCGAGAUGCUGCCCGAGUGGCUCUGAUGAACUCGCUUGUCAAUGAGCUGCCUUGUCGACGCAUCUGCCCUCAGUUCGUCGCUCAGAGUUUGCAGCAGGCCACCAUAGACAGUGAUGUUUCUAUAGAAGAUGCAAAUGAUUCAAGCACACACAUUGGAACAUAUAGUCUGCUUCUUCACUCUUACAUGGGAAGGACCAUGCUGGAGUUCCAGGAGAUGAUGACAGUUUUUCAGUUGUUGCACUGGAAUGGAACAUUAAAAGCUCUGAGAGAAAGGCAAUGCUCUCGCCAGAGUGUGAUUGGCUAUUACACUCGGCGUGGCCUUGACGAGUACACGCGCAGCAGCAUGGCUCUGGACUGGCUCGGGCGGGAGCAGGGGUCACCUGGCCAACUGGGUGAGGAGCUGCAGGUGGCACAAAGGGAGCUGCUGUUGGCCAGGCGCCGAGGCAUCGAACUCCGCUUUUACAAGGAGAAGAUGGUCAUCCUCACCUUGGCUCUCAGUCAAGCAUAUAUUCACCACACACCUGAGGGUCACAUCCAGUCACAUGAUAACAAGGAGGAGCAGCUGCCUUUGCAAAUAAUGCUCUCCCAUGAUAGAGAAGUACCGGUAACGCCAUCCUGCAGUCCAUCUCCAUCCCUCCAUGAACACGCAUAUGCAGCAGUUUGUGAAAAUUGUGGCAGGAAUGUUCCCUCCGAUCGUUACUCAACCUGCUCACUUUGCACACACAUGCGUUCACCAAAGCAGAUUGUAUUUCAGGAUACAUGAAAUUUCAACAUUUCUAGAGAUUCUCAACAGUGUUUACGUGCAUGUCUGUGUUGCUACACAGUUAUGUCAUCAGGAAGUAAUUCAUCCAUCCAUCCAUUCAAUUGUGUAAUAUUUAGGAUAGCACUAAAUACAACUAUUUAAGUGCACAUUUCACUUAUGACACAUCUAAAAUCAAGCAUUUUGAUGCGCACAAUAGGAUUCAUAUUGAAUAUGAGUUAAUGGGCAUUCUAUGUAUCGUUUUAGCUGUUUAUUGAAAUUAUACAACCUCGGGUUAUUCCUGCACUGCACUCAGCGACUCACUGCCAUAUUCCACCUGCAGUAUUCCAUCAGUCUUGUCUUGCAGUACAUAUUUAUAUGACUCCCAAAAGCAACCGUGAAAUAUGUUGGAUGACAGGCCACUUGUUUCCUAUGAGCUUGAAAGUUGUUAAUAAUGUUAUGAAAUUACAUAAUUAUCUCAUAUUUUUAGAGACCGGGGUAUACGAUUCAGUCUAAUUUGUGUGUUCGAUGUGAUUACAUACUAAUACACUAAUACUGAUAGGGCUGCAUGUAUAUGCAUCGAAAAGGGAAACUGUAAAUACAUUUAGUCUGCCGGUCACUGUUUACAACAUAAUGAUUGUAGACUUUUGUCAUGUGACUUUUAGUC